UAUCUUUUCUUAAUAUAUGAUGGCUUUUGAUCGUAAUCGAGGCGUUGACCAAUUUGAGGAGGUUCGUUUUAUUCACGAAUUUGAGCCGGUUGUUCUCUCUCGUGCAAAGCUCAUUCGACUGGCGGAGAAGGCAGAAAAUUUUGACGAACUUGUCAAAAACUGUUAUGUUCGAAUGUUGACAAAGACGGACAAAGUGACGUUCCAUGCUAUCUAUCGUAUCAUUGGGGUUCCUAUUGGCAAAUCAAAGUAUGCGAAGCGUAUUCGGGUUGAUAAUCAGGCUGAACGAAUUCUUGAAAGUACCGCUGUGGAUCCAAUCACUCAAGAGGAAUUUGAUGUUUGGUACAAAAAUGCUAAACUCAAAACUCAACCUCUGCCUACAAUUCGUUGGAUCAACAAGCGUUCUGAUGAGAUUCGUUUGGCGCUUCAUGACGCUUCCAAGCGCUCUGAAGUCUCAUCCGUAGAGGAACUGAAAAAAAUUGUGUUGAGCCGUUCGCGUCUUGUCCCGUUGGUUCAAAGUACUGAGGGCGCGGAUAUUAUUGAAGGAUGUUUUGUGCGUAUGGUGCUUGGACAUGACAGUACUGGCCAUACCAAAUAUGGGGUCGCUCAAAUUGUUGCGGUCACGGAAAGUGAUGAAUAUUCUGUUAAUGUACCAAUGGCUGGCUCAGUUACUACACAUACGAUGUAUCGCAAACUUACGCUUCGACACGUUUCAAAUGCCUAUAUGGAUGUUGGACUUCAAAGCAUUUCCAAUUCACCAAUUGAUGGUGCUGAGUUUUUUGAAUGGACAACGGCUUAUCUUCACGCGGAACUUCCAUUGCCACUCAUGGAUUUCAUUGAAAAAAAGGGGCGUCAAAUUCAUCAGUAUCUUUUGUCGCGUGGUCUGCUUCUCAAGAAAGUAAAGAAAGAGGAACCGAUAGAUGAUGAGGAGAGAAGGGAAGUCGAGCCAGUCCAGAAGAAAUCGAAGGUUUCUCGCAGUCGUGAUUUGUAUGGCCAAUAA